GUAUUUAAAAAUGUAUCAAUGUGUCAGAUCGUUGAUCUCGGAAACAGGGGGAGAGUUCAUCGUUGAAAUUCGUUAUAAAAUGAUAAAUAUGGGCUAGUAUAAGUAUAACUACACCAUUUUAUGUUGUAAACCAAUCACGACUUCCGGCUUUCCAGAAAGGUCCGAGAAUGUGAGAUUGCUGGUAGACCUAAGUGUCUAUAGUGACGUUCUGGAUUUCCAUCAGGCUGAUUCAAGACCAAAAUUACGGAUUGAUGAAAUGAACAGACAUAUAUUAUUUAUUCAAAAUUUUUCGAAACUUAAUUAUUCUGUAAGAUCACAAUUAAGCGUCGUUAAACAACGAAUUUACUCAAUACUGUAUUAUUUAGGUUGUCAUUAAGAGGAAAAAUAUAGAACUGGAUCCGCCAAAGCGUGUCCGCCACUGUACUUUCAUUUUUGCUAUUUCGGGGUAGUUCAUCGAAAACUAAAGCACGUUUUCAAUUAAAUUUUCGACAAUAACCCUAACCAUAACCCUCAAGUCAGAUUAUUUGUUUCACCUACCAAGAAAAUAUUGAAUAUGGUAUGAAGCAUCAAUAUUUCAAUUCCAAAUGUUAAAAGGUUUUUCAUCAAGCAACCGAAAGCAUAUGGAAGUGUUCAUUUGCGUCAGAAAUGAAAAUGUAUUCAUUUACAUACAAUGUAUAUCGACAGGCGAUGAUUACUCCUCCUAGGCACCUGAUCCCACCUCUGAUAUAUCUAGGGGUCCUUGAUUGCCAAAUUAUCUAUUUUGUAUUGCUUAUAGGAAUUAUGAGAUUGAUCACUGUUCGUUAUAUUAUCUCCCUCAUGCAUAGCUCUUAUCCUUGGACGAAUUUGGCUCCACUUUUUUGGCACGCUGUUUUUGGCUAUAUUUAGCUCCAAAAGCUUCAUAGUUAUUUCGGAUUUCAAACAUUUCGGCUGAGCAUCACUGAAGAGACAUUAUUUGUCGAAAUGCGCAUCUGGUGCAUCAAAAUUGGUACCGUAUAAGUUUUACAUUCACCUUUCAUAUAUUUUAGAGAAAGUUUACAAAAUUCAGAAUGGGAGUACAAAACACUCAAAACAGACAGAUGUAUAGCCUUACAGGAGUUGUUAGAUUGUGCAGAAAAAAAGAUUCCUAUCCUCUCCAUUCAAAAUGUCCAAAUGAUCAAUAAUGCAAUGUGGUUUUGUAGGAAACUUCAAUGAAGUGCGUACGGAGGAAGGGAUUGAAUAUGGCCUCAUUAGCAUGUGCUCAUCUAUCAGAAAUAAUUAGUAGCACAUCAUAUGAAAUAAAAGAAGUUAAAGCCCCUACUAAAACAAAAACGGUAUAUAUCGUAAUGAAUCUGGUUUCAGAUAGAAGGUGAAAAUUCUCUUUGAAUGACAACAUUAUACCUUAUAGAGAAUUCAUUUGCAAUGUCCCAUACUUACCCAUGAUAUAGCUACAAAUUCCUUUCUUCAUAGGGAGCGCACCCAACAACCUAAAGGGCCUAUCACGAAUCGAGUUCUAAAGGUAAUACGUUUGUGAAAGUGAAUAAAAGACAAAAUAAAAUAGAAUCAAAGUACUUAAAGUAAUCGUGGGAGUUGAACAUUGUGGAAAUUCAGUUAGAACAGAUAGCACUGGAAGGGUAGGGGGAUAAAUGACUGAAUAUUAUCAUGAUUUUAAAUACAAA